AUGAGCCUUACCAAGCUCGGCUCGAUGCCCAGUGCAGUUGUUUUCCGAAGGCCUUCCCUAUCUUACUUUCAAUGGUCGAGAACGAGGUGGGUCGCGAGGAAUGUUGACGUUAGUCUCUCGACUCUAGGUGGUGUUCGGAGGCUGGCUACUGCCAUCCCUUCAAUACGGAACCAUCGAUCGCAACACAGCUCUGAGUGGAUCAGACGCCACAUUACAGACCCCUAUUGCGACUAUCGGAGCCGAUCAGCUUUCAAGUUGGAGCAGCUUGAUGAUGAAUAUCUCUUCUUGCGCAAAGAUCGCAUCAUCCUCGACCUUGGAUGUUGCCCAGGAGGGUGGUGCCAGGUGGCUGCAAAGCGUUGCCUUGUAGGCCAAGGAGCAACUGGCGGGAUCAGCGGUGUUGCUCCCUCACCUUCAACUUCACGUGUUAUUGGCGUUGAUAUUGCCAGGAUGGACCCUCUUCCAAAUGUGCAGUUCAUACAGGGGAGAGUGGGCGACGCCAAAACGCUCUACGCAGUCCUGCAAGAACUUCGAGAUCAAAAGGCAGAUGUCGUGCUCAGCGAUAUGGCCCCCGCUUGCACUGGGAUUCGGCACGACGAUCAUUAUAACUCAGUGGAGCUUUGUCUCUACGCCGCUGACUUCAUGGAACAGGUGCUUUGUCUCGGAGGUACUUUCAUAGUCAAGAUAUUUAUGGGUAGCGAGACGGGCAACUACAAGACAUAUCUCAAGAGCAGAUUUACACAGGUCAACUCAGCUAAACCGCGGGCUUCCCGCCAGGAAUCGCGGGAAAUGUACUUCGUCUGCACUGGUUUUAAAGGCCGCGACAAAAUAUCACAAGAGGUCCAAAUCAAAGGAUCAUUCUCUGCUCGCGAGGGCUAUGCAUAG